CGAGGAGAGCAGAGAUGAAUUCAGGGGGUAGAUACUUAGCUUCUUUUUAUCUAGAGUACCAAGGGGGGAAGAAAAAGAAUACCAAAGGAGGGAAGUAUAUAGUUAGAAAAUUUAUUGGUGGAAAAUAAAGAAUGCCAUCGCGAACCUGAUUCGCGAGCCUCGACGAGCUGUACCUCCGGGGACGCCGGCCGCGGCAUAAUCGAUCUUCAGCACGAAGGACUACGAGGUGGGGGAUCACGACCCACCAGCACGAGGACGAUAGUCGCUUCCGUCCUCGGGUAUUCUUCUAUCCUGGCGAAGCUGCUGCUGCUGCAAAUUUUCGCCGGUUUUGCGUCGCUCGGUGCUUUCUUUCUCAUCUUCGCGCAGGAUUUCCUUGUCGCGCCACUGGUCACGGGACUCGAGAACGUGGUGGUGAAACACGACGUAUCAAAUGUAAAAAUGUCUGGGUCUGGAAGAGUGAGCGAUUUGUCACGCAGCUUUUCCAUGACCCAUGAGGUCUGGAAUGCAGGACCUAGCAUGACAGAUUCUGCGCGAUCUCUCUCAUGCUUAUCCUGCAUGAGAAACUCCCUCCCGACUUGGUCAAAACUGGACGACUUUUGGUAAUCAUGCAACACAGAUUCGUGCUUGCUUCAGAUUUAGCAUGACAAGUUGCAUUCUUCCAGACCCAGACAUUUUUACAUUUGAUACGACGCCGGAGUGCGAAGAGGAUGCCGCCGCUACCGACGUGGACUACACCGACGAGGCCGCGGCCGCACUGGGCCGAAGCAAAAAUACGUUCGAAACCGCAACUCCCUCCGCGUUCCAGGUGAAGCAAAAGCAAGCGAUUGCAGCAGAUGAUGAGAUGAAAACUACUACCUCCUCCGCUGUUUCUGUUCCCUCGAAAAAUACCAAACAUCGCCCCUCGGUGCCGCCAGUGGGCUUUUUUCAGCUGUCCGCGCCGGGCGAUGAUCCGCAAUUUGUCGAGGAUCUGGGCAUGUACGGACAGUACGAACGGCGCCUGUCGACGCAGGUGGCGAACGCCACCAAGUGGGGGCACAUCAAGCAGGCCACCACGGCGGCCGCAAAGGACGAUGAUACGCAAUUUGUCGAGGAUCUGGGCAUCUACGCACAGUACGAACGGCGCCUGUCGACGCAGGUGGCGAACGCCACCCACUGGAAGGACGUCAAGGUCACUUUCGAUGAUCCGCAAUUUGUCGAGGAUCUGAGCAACUACACCAAGUACGAGCAGCGCCUGUCGACGCAGGUGGCGAACGCCACCAAGUGGGAGCACAUCAAGGCCACCAUGGCGGCCGCCCCAGACAUGCCCCCAAAGCUUGUGUUGAAGUUCGUGGAGUCCGACCACACGCCGGAUUUGCUGCUGACGAAGGCCGAGCUGCCCGCUGCCUGGCAAAGCAUGUUCAACUCGACGGAGCUCGCGGAGGCGGGUGUGGGUGUGACCCCGUCCUGCUUCGGAACCUGCUGUUCGGCCGCGUAUCAAAUGCAAAAAUGUCUGCGUCUGGAAGAGUGCCAGACUUGUCACGCAGAUUUUCCAUGACCCAUGACGCCUGUAAUGCAUAACCUGGCAUCACAGAUUUUUACCAGCCUUUCUGAUGCCUAUCCCGCAUGAGAAACGCCCUCUCCAUAUAGUACAAACUUGACCCCUCUUGCUGAUCAUGCAGAUAGAAUGCAGAGACAGUAUCACAAGGUGCAAUCUUCCAGACCCAGACAUAUUUGCGUUUGAUACCGCGUACCAGACCACGACGACGUCGGGCGAGGACAAGUCUGCACUCUUCGACCGACCGUGGUAUCAAUUGCAAAUAUGUCUGGGUCUGGAACUAGAGUGCAAACUUGUAAUGCAGGUUUUCCAUGACCCACGAGGUCUGGAGUGCGGGACCUAGCGUGCCAGGCUCUGUGAGCUCUCUAUCAUGCCUACCCUGCACGAGAAACUCCCUCCCAACUUAGUCGAAAGUGGACAGCUUUUGGCACUCAUGCAACAGAGAUUUCAUCCCCCAAGGCAGCGGGAUUUCAUCCCCCAAGGCAGCGAUAGUGGUUGACGAGGGGUUCAAAGACUCAUGCAACACAGAUUUUUGCAUGAUUCAGAUUUAGCAAAAUGACGAGCUGCAAUCUUCCAGACCCAGACAACAUAUUUGCAGUUGAUACGCAGGACGAAGAGACGACAUCCAGCGACGUGGAAGACGAAGACGCGUGGCGUAUCCUGUGUAAAAACGUCCCCACCCCAGAGUCAAGAUGGGAAAUCUGCUAGACAAAUCAGCCAACUUUGGCUGUUGCUCAUGACAAGUCUGGCCUCGUGGUGUAAUCCUGAUCAGCUUGCUCAGCGGCAUCACAGAUCUCGCGCAUUAUGCUGAUUGGAGCAAUAGAAAUCUGAAAACACGACGAGAAAUAAACGCUUGCCAUAGGGGUUCGCAUCAGAAACAUUUUCAUCAUGCAGCCUUGCAUUAGAAAUAUGGUGUGGGGACGUUUUUACAUAGGAUAUGGCAGUUUGGGAUCGCGUUGAAAAUAUCCUGUGCAAAAGUAUCGUACUCGUAGUAAUUGCAGCCAUGCAUUGCAAAUUUUUUUCCAAAGGUAAAUUUUCUUUCUUAUGCUGAGGGAAUUUGUGAUGCACUUAUACGAGUGCGAUACCUUUGCAAUGCAUAGAAAAAGCGCAAGCAUGCUAAGCGGCCGAAGGAAAAUCUGGCGGAGGCCGUGACGGCGACGGGAUUAUCUGUUUGGAACAGCCUGGCUAAGGCUUGCGGGUGCGAAGAACAUCUUUACGGAUUAUAGUUCUUGUAGAAACUGGUAAAAUCUAGCUCAGGGUGUUUGAGCAGGGUAAAGACGUGUAGUUAUUUUCACGUCAGAGAGGCGACCGCACUUCUCUUUCCUAGUCGUAGUCGACGUGUGCCAGAUUGCGAAAAGAAGAAAGAUGAGCACACAACUUUAACUUUUGUCGUCCUGAGGAGAUCCGAAUUUUUUUUCCACCAAAUCAUGAAACUCUUCAAAAAGCUUCACGACAAGAACUCCAGUCUGUAGGCUGCAGGCGUGCGAAGAUUAUGUUCCAUAAUUGAUUAUGCUCAGCGUCAGCCUCAGCACACAAACGCAGCGUGCGUGCAGUUGUCCUGCGUCUUCGCUCUGGUUUUCAUCGAAAAU